CGACCAGCUUCAGCCUGUAGCUGCAUCUCGGCAUGUGCCCGCUGGUCACUGAAGCGAUGGAGGUAACUCCUGCAUCCUCACACCUUGUCCCCUCUCCCAUUCCCACUGCCGCCUUGCUGCAGCGCCAGAGCUUCGGAUGAUAUAUGAGCGACCGGAAGGAGCUGCUUGGACCGAGGGGAGUGACUCAGGACCGGGCACUCCUGGACUGCUUAAGGUUUACCAGCAGAGGACAGAGGACUUUAAACAAGCCCAAUACGUGCCUGUGAAUAGCAGCAGGCAAAUCUGCCUGACUGUACAAGUGUGUGGAGCCUUUACCUACUUGUGGCCCAGCGUGGCCCCGCCCGGUCUGAAAGCUGCAGGUCCCAUCUUCUUCCAUCAUGACGGUCGCUACCAGCGACCCUGCGGAUGAAGCAGCAGCACAUCCAGGUCAGCCUCAUGACCGCUACGACUCGGAUCCAGAUCAUGAAUGCUGCGAGAGGGUUGUCAUCAACAUCUCAGGCUUGCGCUUUGAGACACAGCUGAAGACACUUUCCCAGUUUCCAGAGACGCUGCUGGGUGAUCCUAAAAAGAGGAUGAGGUAUUUUGAUCCGCUCCGGAAUGAAUACUUCUUUGAUCGGAAUCGACCGAGUUUUGACGCUAUUCUGUAUUAUUACCAGUCUGGAGGGAGACUGCGCCGGCCUGUUAACGUGACUCUCGACAUUUUUUCUGAGGAGAUCCGGUUUUAUGAAUUGGGUGAAGAGGCUAUGGAAAUCUUCAGGGAGGAUGAAGGUUUUAUAAGGGAAGAGGAGCGGCCUCUGCCAGAAAACGAGUUCCAGAGACAAGUGUGGCUUCUGUUUGAAUAUCCAGAGAGCUCCGGACCAGCUCGCAUCAUUGCCAUAAUCUCUGUCAUGGUGAUUCUUAUCUCUAUUGUCAGUUUCUGUCUGGAGACACUGCCACUUAACCGAAACGAAGAUGAGAUGUAUAACUCACUCCAGUCCUCAUACAACACCACCACUCCAUCUGCAAGCUUUUAUUUUACAGAUCCUUUCUUCAUUGUUGAGACGCUUUGCAUCAUCUGGUUCUCUUUUGAGUUCCUAGUUAGGUUCUUCGCCUGUCCCAGCAAAACUGGAUUUUUUGGCAACAUCAUGAACAUCAUUGAUAUUGUGGCAAUCAUCCCGUACUUCAUCACCCUCGGCACAGAACUAGCAGAGCGGCCAGAGGAUGGCCAGGCAGGCCAGCAAGCCAUGUCUUUGGCUAUUCUCCGCGUCAUCCGUCUAGUUAGGGUGUUUCGUAUCUUCAAACUCUCGCGUCAUUCCAAGGGACUCCAGAUCUUAGGGCAGACACUGAAGGCCAGCAUGCGUGAGCUGGGCCUCCUCAUCUUCUUCCUGUUCAUUGGUGUCAUCCUCUUCUCCAGUGCGGUCUACUUUGCAGAAGCAGACGAGCAAGCUUCUCAGUUCAGCAGCAUCCCCGAGGCCUUUUGGUGGGCAGUGGUUUCCAUGACAACCGUAGGCUACGGCGACAUGGUCCCAACAACUAUUGGGGGGAAGAUUGUGGGGUCUCUCUGUGCAAUUGCCGGUGUGCUGACUAUUGCACUGCCUGUACCUGUCAUUGUAUCAAACUUCAACUACUUCUACCACAGAGAGACAGAAGGUGAGGAGCAGGCGCAGUACCUGAAUAUCCCGAGUGUGCCUAAAGCCAGCUCAGCUGACGAGCUGAAGAAGAGCGGUCGGAGCGGCAGCGGAUCCACUCUCAGUAAGUCUGACUAUGUGGAAAUCCAAGAGGCAGUGAACCACAGUAUGGAGGACUUCCGAUCAGAGGCCAGGAAAACAGGAAACUGCACCCUGGCCAACACUAACUAUGUAAACAUCACCAAGAUGCGCACAGAUGUAUAACGCGAGCUCGGAUGGUUUACUUCUGCUGGGAUCUACAAUAACUGUAGUGGGAAUAAAGGUCCGCAUACUGAUAAAUGUAUGGGGCCCAGUACAGGAGUACAGAGCAGAUCAGUGAGGUUCACGUGGAGAAAGGGUCAGUAUCAUGUUCAUACUAUAGAACUGUCAGCUGUCGUAUUCACGACAUUGUUAGUGUUUGCAUGGAGUUAGUCUUACCUGUGAACGUAGUUAUCCUGCCUCCAACAGUAGCAAAAUUGUAGCCUAAACAUAAUAAUCAAUAAUAACAAUAUAAAAGGACCACUAAUUUUUUUUAUCUUCUUUCUCUAAUUGCUGCACAAAGGAUGCAUGAUAACAAUAUUCCAACAAUAUUACAGACGUGUCAUAACUUAUAAAACAGGCCAUUCAUGGGCAGCUUUAAUCUGCUGCUCUAACUGCCAAGGUCCAGAUACACAGAACGAUCAUUUCAACCAGAUCACAGCUGUUCUCUCAUGGGAACACCGAGUUCAGAAACAAAGAACCAGAGCGCAGCACCAAUAUGCUGGUGGCCAUGUUCACUUGCUACAUCUUGUCUAGUACAAGCUAGCAGAGACAGGCAGAUACCAACAGCCUAAACGAGUGCUUUGCUGUAAUUCUGUACUGCUAUAGCACAACACUUUCUUUUCCUGCCAUUUCUUCUUGAUGAAGUUCAAAAUGAUGUCUAUGCAGGGUGCAUGACUCUCUCCACUCGAAGCCUUUUCUUGCCUCUAAUUAGUGCAGAUUAGCAGGUGAACAGCAGAACACUGAACAGAGUGAAUGUCUUAACUAUUCUACUAAUGAGUGUUUUUAAUAUAAUUAAUUUAUGAUCAACGUGGUCUUAUUACAUAUUUUCAUGGCCUUAAUGUUGACUGAAAUAGUCUUUCAGUGUUCUGAGUGAGUUUCCAGCCUCUUUGCUGUAACUUUAGCAGUUAAACGUGUUCAGCUUGACAUCACUGCCCAGAAUAAACGUUGCUGUUCUUGACUUCAAAGCAUUCCACGUGUGUAGGAAUAGAUACAAUGAUUUUGUGGGCAAAUUGCUGACAUUCUGUUGCAUAUAUCAACACAGCUUAGGUCUCAUGAACAACUGAAAUGUAUAUAUGUCAUUUUUAAGCUUCAGCUUUAGUGCCAGCGUUUGAGUUUACUGCAAGUCUGCUUACGACGUCUUUAGCUGUUAAAACAGAGUAAUCUGAUCUAAUCAAGCUGCUUCACAGCGUUAGCCUUUAAUGGCCUCCAUCCUCUAAGGCAGACAUGAAAAGGGAACAUUUGUUUUCCUCUGAAAGUUGUUAUGUGCCACCACCUGCUAAAUUGUAUCCUGGUUUGUAAAAGACAUCAAUCAAAGACCAUGCAAUUUCAGAAAUCCUUCCCCUGGCCCAACAUAUUUAACUAACCAAAACUUUUGCAGUUCUGAUUUUGCAAAGCUGCAUGUCCUCAAAAGUAAUCAUUGUUGCAUGCAUUAAUAUACAUAAUAUUUGACAAUAAACAAAGGAAAACUUACUUAAUUACAUACAUGGAAGAGGGUAGUGUGUUCAUGUGGCAGCUUAGCUACCUCCUGUAUAGGAGAUGAAAGUGAUAUCAAACUAUGAUCCACCCUGUGGAUGCUAACAACAUCCUAAACUCUUUACUUUUCUAUUUGUUAUAGUCUGUUGCAGUCACGACCUGGUAUCUAUGUAUCAUGAAAGCACACCGUCUGCUGCCAGCUCAGUGGAUGAGAUUCACAGCUGAUCAGUCAGAGGUUUUGCUCACCCAAGUGUAUUUGUAAUGCUCCAAGGAUCUGUCUAAGUGCUGCCAUCUCUAACAUAUAGGUCCAUCAACCUCGGUGUGUAAUAUUUUGUGGGUGAGAGAGCUUAUGAGAGAGAAAUAGACUCGGACACAAAGAGACUGUGAGAGAAACUUGGAGCUUUCAGAAACACACAAGCUGACGUCACUGUUCUCAGAUGCUGCUCCGCUUGUUUCCAGAAUGACGAUGGUGCUCAGUGUUAGCACGGUGUUUACAGCCUAUGUGCUGCAUAUAUUAAACACAUGCACAUAGUAUAUUAAACAAAGCAAACUGAAAGGAAACACUCCGUUGUGUUGAUGUCCAUAAGUGCGAUAAGCUACAGUGUCUGCAAAGGCAAGUUACUGAAGACUUAAAAUAUAAGGAAGUAUGAUCAUUCAAGUGAGACAACACUGCCGCAAUUUUCUCCCUUGUAUUUUUCUUAUGUGUAUUUGCAUCACUAUGAGCUGCUCCUGUGUACAGGAACUCCUACGUAUAUGUGUCACUUUAGGCUUAGGCUGGACACAACAAGCAUACAACACCUGCAAUGACACUUUGUCCACACAACAAACUCUCAGAGAAACCAACAGCGUGGCACAUCAGGAUCUAAGUCAUGGGUAACACGUCUUUGCUGUACUGCACAACACGAGUGGACUUGUACACAGACACACAUUCAUACAAACACUGGGCAUUUUAAAACAGUGUACACAGAUGCUUACCGUGAGAUGUAAUCUUCUGACAUGUCUGGCAGACGCAUUUCUGUGACUUCGCUGCCACAGCAGACCUAAACCUGCCGAUUGUGGGGUUUACACAACUGUAGCCAUGUAAAUGUAUCUAAGAGUUGGAGCUGCUUUAAUUAUGUUGUCAAGUACCUAAUGCUUUAGAACCAGACUCUGCCAUGUGUAGGUUUCUGCGUAAUAGAAAAUCCAUGAAACUAAUUUGCUUUGUCAGAAAUGAUAAAAUCCUGUUGUUUUUCACUCUGUUUUGUAUUUGAAUGUCAGAAUUUGCUGCUUUGAGUCUCAGAAGUGGAUGGACUGAGGUUUGAUGCAAACACGCGCAGACUUUGGUCAAAUAAAUCCCGUCUCAAGUUACUCUCAGAAAACCACUCGCUCUGCUCUUCUUCUUCAACUGACAGGCAAAAACGUGUGAAUGAAAUAUAAGAUAAUCGUCAGCUCAGUGACUGUAUUGUUGUCUAUACUUACAGCUGUCUGCUCACUAUAUGGAUUGUUUUAUCUGCUAUCGUAUGCAAAAGAAGGAACUAAGAAUCAAGCUGUAUAUUAUUACACCCAAAGAAAUCUGGAUUUGAAUGUCUGUCCUUAACAUGUCCUAUGAACAUAAACUAAAAACAGAAAAUAUCUAUUCAGAGAUACUUUCAUUAU